AUGUCCGCCCUCCCGGCUCCAGAUGCACCCCUUCAGAUUGAAUGGCAGCCGGUGCCCCUCCAGCUUGAUGCCACCGGGCAGACACAGCUUGUUAAGAAACCCCGGACCGCUCUACAGACCUACAUUCCCGGCUGUGAGCCUGCCUGGCAGGAUACCGACGAGAUUUCCGUCCAACAGUUCUUCACAGAGCUCCAGACCUACCUCCAGCACAGCCUGCAGAAUCAGUUGACCCGGGGCAGUCAGGCCCUACUCCUUGUACAAGAGCGCCAGGCAGCACAGAAUGCUCUGAUGGCAGAAGAUCUUGAGUACAUGAGGAUGGAGGUCAACUCUGUUCAGGAAGAACUCCGGAAGUAUGUGGAGAAAGAUGAACUGAAUACCGAUGCCAUGGAGAUUGAGUGGACAAACCCAGCUACUCCACCAGACUUUGUUGCCGAAAUACAGAGAGCCCUGGAUGAAGGAAGACUGGUGGUGGCUAGACCAGCAACUCCGGCACCAAAUCCAGUCUCCAGGUCCUCUUCCAGAGCAGCUACCAGGACAAUGCAGCGGAAGGCCAGCCCCUUUGCAGCAUUUCCGGUCAGAUCCACUCGGAGAGUUAUCCCUAUUGUGCAGCCAGCGGUGGGGGCUUCACCCUUACCACCUAGCCGCUUCGGUGGAGUACACCCACUCCUUGGAGGGACUGACCGAUCCUUUGACUAUGAAGGAGAAUUCUUCUCAGGUGCAGGCCGAGGACCUCCCAGUCCACUAGCCAGGAACCCAGGAAGGUUCACCAUGUCUGGGGCUGCUCAACCAGCAGCAACCUCACCACUGGCUAGCAAUCCAGCGCCGGUAGCACCUGUGGCCCCUCCUGCUGCGACCGCCGCUCCCCCUCCAGCUCAGGCGCAGGGAGGAAGUGGUGGAAAUCAGAACCCUCCACCUCCAGCAGCCCGCGCUCCCACUCCAGGAGAUUCAGACAGUUCUGACAGCUCAGACUCGGAACCAGAAGGUGGUGACAGAAAAGGCUGGCGGCGAUACCUUAAGAAGAAGUUGGAGAAGCAACAGAAGAAUCUGUUGGCAAUGAUGUCCCAGCAUUAUCAACCUCCGGCCACCUCCCAUCCCUCUACCUCCACCAGAGCUCGAGAACCAAAGGCACCACCACCCUCUAAGUUUCAGGGCAAGGCGGAGCAAGUGGAAACCUUCAUCUGGCAAUGUGAGAAUGUGUUCUCCAUUGAGAGCCUGUCCUUUACCUCUGAAGAGGUCAAGAUCCGAUAUGCAGGCAACUUGAUGGAAGGUGAGGCAGUGAUCCUGUUACGGGCAUGCCAAGUAUUUACGGGAGUGAGAGAAAGGCUAGUAGAUACCCCAAUACCCUCUGUACGCUAA